AUGGAUGGGCCAGCCCUCUCGCCGGAUCUAAAUCCCAUCGAGCAUGUGUGGGACAUGCUUCAGAAAGCUCUCUCUGCCAGAAAUGUUCAGCCAAUAACGCUCCAGGAGCUGGAAACAGCUUUGGUAGCUGAGUGGAACGCUAUCCCACAAAACCGGAUACGCGAUCUCAUUCGGGGCAUGCGCAGACGUUGUGAAGCUGGCUGGGGAUGCGGAUACAGGCCUCUGCAGACGAUGUGUGCUUGGGUAAUUCACCAGCGAACACGCACGGACGAUAAAACAUCAGUGGUACCAUCUCUAAAGAACAUACAGGAAGCUCUGGUUGCUAUGGGAGACAAAGCGGCGUCUUUUGUGGGUUCUAGAGAAUGGAUAGGCAGCUUUGAAGUCUCGAUAUGUAUGGAUUAUUUAUUGGAGGUGCCCUGUAAGAUAAUACACGUCACUUCCGGUGCGUUGCUAUAUGACCAUAUAGAGGCAUUGAAGAAGCAUUUCGAGAUUGUUGGAGCUCCAGUAAUGAUGGGCGGAGACGGCGACAACGCGUCUAAAGGUAUCCUGGGUGUAUGCUGUGACCCGCCAUCGCUACUCAUCCUGGACCCCCACCAGUACGGCAAGGUCACGUCCCUGACCGACCUGUAUGACCGCGGCGUGGUGUCAUGGCGCCCUCUGACAACCUUCGUGAAAGACUCAUUUUAUAACCUAUGCCUGCCACAGUACCCACAUUCGUGACGUAUUGUCACAUGACGUUGUGUUCACGACUGGGUGACGUUCUUCACCGGUGAAGAUGCCCAUAAAGUCACUUGAAAUUGUUUCGCUCACGGCAAUGUACAAGUGUAAUUGUACGAUGUUGCUGUCUGACCAAACUAAAUGUUAAAAUGUGAAAUACUCUUUAAAAACAACACGUGACUCAUGUUUAAACUAAAAGUGAAAAAGCUCGAAUAAAGGAAGUCACGUACCGUGCAAUAACUGUUAUAAUAACAUGCUAAAAAAGUGAAUAUUGUGAUCUUAAAAAGACGUAUAUAAGUGUCAACGUUUUUGUUAUAUUAUUGUUCUGUUAGCUUGUUUAAUCGUUUUAAUAUACAAUCAUAAAAAUAUCUCUAUGUAAUUUACUCUCGUUAAAAACGAGUUGCUAAAUUUACUCUAUUCUUGCUUUUGUCUUGACUUUGCUGUCCAAGUAGCUAGGCUUUCAUCAGUCGUAUGCUACAUAUAGUCCGAAAACUUAAACACCCGUGCAGACUUAAUCCCUCGGCAGUUUCUGCAAGGGUAGAGUUUGGACUGAGCUAACCCCACAACGUUGUUAUCACCCCGAGACUUAAAUACCAACGACACUGACAAUAUUCCAAUGGUUCGUGAUAGGUUUUUAGAACUUUUAGAACAUUCAGAUGGAAAAGGUUUCAAAAGCACCUAGUUUUGCUAUGGUGUCUUAAAUAUUUGCGAAGAACACAUAAAUAUAAAUCACUUGGAGGUUCGUGAGACUUUGGUUGUUGAUUCUAAACUGCUCGUGCCAGUGUUAGUUAGAGAACUAGCAUGUGGUUGUGGUAUUUAGCAUGAUUCUGGUUCCUUUAGACAUGGCCUAUUUCCCUUGGCGCCUUGGUGGGUUUUUAAAGUUUUGUCCUCGGUGUUUCAGCAUUUAAACCUGUCUUGAGUUUUCCUUCUUCAUUUUUUCUCAAAAUUUCUUAAAAUUUGGUAGGCCUUAUUGACCUUGCAUGACUGUGAUCCUGUUCGGAACUACGAUUUAGCGAAUGUUGAAUUAUUGCUCUAUGUUUAUCAACGGACGUAUUUUGUAUCCAUUUAUGGUGCUCUUAUAAGCCAUGUCUAUGUUACUGAAACACAAUUUCUUGUUUGAUACAUUACACUUAGUAAUUUUCUCUACACCACACGUACUGUGAACACAUUAUUGCGUAUGGUGUAGUGUAAAUUAGCAAUGUAUUUCAUACCAAGGUAUUUAACAAGUUAUUUUUUAACAGGUGAUCGAGAAGGGAAACCAAUAAAAUAUAAACGUGACAUUUUUGCUAA